GUUUGCCGACUCUGCUGCUGCCACCUAUCGCGGCGUCAGGCGACCAGUGCUCCCGAAAGCACUCUUCUCCUCCAUCGAAACCCAGAUCGACCGAAAGACACACAAGCUCUGUGAGCGUUCAAACCCUAUAACAUGCCUGGAUGUCGCAACCUGAAAGGGCUGCCAGGCGAGCGCAGUCGCUUCUCGUAUGGUCAGCGCUUGGACGAUCAAGCUCCGCAGCUUCCGAAUUGUCGAGAGGAGGGCGACACGUAUCACCAAUAUGAGCAUUCCUCCACUAGGUACACCAUGUACGGCACCGACAUACCACACCCUGUCACAAACAGUCUCGGUAGCCUGGAACAGGCCUGCAAUGUGACCUUUGUCCAAUCGGUGAGUGUGUUUGGGAACAUGAACUACGACUCCCCAAGUGCAGAUGCGUGGCAGAGCCACCAUCAAACGUUCCAGCCGAUUCAAGGUGGUCCAGCGGCCCUUGCGGAUCCCGAGACGCCUCAAAGGCAGCAUCCCCAAGUUCAGGCGCCUAUCAGAGGAAGCCAACCCAUCGAUGGUAUCGGACACCAAGACAGCUUCUCCGUGCAGCCCAGUCAUACACAGACCGCUCUCGAUCUAGAUUGGCAAUACACCGCCCAGGAUGAUAUUGAGUCGAUGGAGGCUCCGGGCCAAGAUGGUAUACAAUUAGCCGAGGACUGGGGAGAGAGCAUGCAGCACCACGGCUGGUGCAACAACGAGUCCAUAGACUUUGUUGACACGGCUGAUACGAUAUCGGAAAUGUCGCUGAACUUGGAUGACUUCGCCGGACAGACCGAUGCCGCCACGCCUGACUUGAAGACGUUGGCGUCGAAUCCGAUCGAUUCUGUUGGCAGGAAUAUCCAGCCAUGGUCGCCGUACGCUCCAAAUGACCAUGGCUGGCAGCAGUGUCAGCAGAACGUGAACCUGCUGGUCAACCACAUCGAGUCCGCGACCACAAGUCGAUCAACGUAUACUGCCGGAACACUAGAAUCCAGCUACGUGUUCAUCAAUACCCCAGGAAUAUCAACGAUGUCGUCCAUCAGCCAACACACGCAGGACAUGGUUGAUAGCGGCUUGACGCUGCGUCCAAAUCAAGAGGUGUCGCUGGAUCCUGAGACCGAGUUCGAUGAUGGCGACCUAGACCAGAUAAUUCUCGGUCUGAGUUAUCGUAUCGAGCCUCCUCCAGGCGGUAUUAAUGGGUCCGUGUCCAACCCUGGGAUGGCCAAUCAAAGCCUGCUUCCUGUUCAGAGCACCAGCUUCCUCCAGCCAACACCUGGGAAUAGCGUGUACGAUUAUGCAGCUUCCACAACGGCUUCGACUCCCUCCGCACCGGACACCAUACAAUGUCGGGUUUGUGGUAAGGAAUAUAGUGGAAAAUUCCGCGUGGGCAACCUCGCUAGGCAUAAGAGGUAUAAGCAUAACGGCGCUGUUGUGCUGGGGUGCCUGGAUCGCAGUUGCAACAAGGUCUUCAAGCGCCAAGACGCUCGCCUGAAACAUGUCAGGAAGCACCAUCCUGAACUUGCUUCUGAUCCUGUACCGAGACCGGAGCAACGCAAGGGACCCAAUACCCUGAUACAGCACCAGUUUGAUCAGAACUACGAGCUCAACAACGUGGGCUCCAGAUUCGAGCAAACCAGUCGGGCGGGGCAGGCGCAGGAGGGUCGUCCAAGUCGAGGAGCUACACCAAGAACUAGCUCUUUCUGACAGCCAUGUACUCUAAGGCCAGAUAUUUCCUUUGUCUUGACGGGUUUCAAAACUUUCCAAUCCCAAAAACAUUGUGCUUUUAUGGUUCGGCGAGCUGCAUAGGCGAAGGCAACGUCUUGGCAUGUUGGAGUGGUAGCGCGAUUCUAAGCCGCAACACCUUCUGCCUUCGGCAACAAGGAUCGACAGACCAUGACUGGUGGAAAAGUUGUUCUGCUUCGCUUUCGUUGUUUUUUUAUUCUGGGCUGUGCUGCGACUACUGCAUUGGUGUUGACAGAGGAUGGUGCAAGCCAAACAUCAUCAUCGCAACACUUUGUG